UCGAUUUCAUUUAUACGGUCAAACGUCAACUCGUUCACAGUUUGUGCAGUGUAUUUGCUGGUUAGCAACGAAUUUAAAUUCAAUUUGUUCUCAUUUCGCGAGGAGUUUCGAUUUUCAUAAUUUAUAAAAAUGUGUGAUGAUGAUGCAGGAGCCCUUGUGCUCGACAAUGGAUCGGGCAUGUGCAAAGCUGGUUUCGCUGGUGAUGACGCACCGCGUGCCGUAUUUCCGUCAAUUGUCGGUCGUCCACGUCAUCAAGGUGUGAUGGUCGGUAUGGGACAAAAGGAUUGUUAUGUCGGCGAUGAAGCGCAAAGCAAACGUGGUAUUUUAACACUGAAAUACCCAAUUGAGCACGGUAUCAUCACCAACUGGGACGAUAUGGAAAAGAUCUGGCAUCACACCUUCUACAAUGAAUUGCGUGUCGCCCCAGAAGAGCAUCCAGUUCUCUUGACCGAAGCCCCAUUGAAUCCAAAAGCAAAUCGAGAGAAAAUGACACAAAUUAUGUUUGAAACAUUUCAGUCACCGGCCGUUUAUGUGGCAAUUCAAGCUGUUUUGUCACUGUAUGCUUCCGGUCGUACGACUGGCAUCGUUCUCGACUCCGGUGACGGUGUAACUCACACUGUGCCAAUCUAUGAAGGUUAUGCAUUGCCACACGCUAUCCUCCGUUUGGAUUUGGCUGGUCGGGAUCUUACCGAAUUUCUAAUGAAAAUUUUAACUGAACGUGGUUAUUCGUUCACAACAACAGCCGAACGUGAAAUUGUCCGUGAUGUUAAGGAGAAAUUGUGCUACGUCGCGUUGGAUUAUGAACAAGAAGUUGCUCUUGCAUCGGCUUCAUCAUCAUCCGACAAGAGCUACGAACUUCCAGAUGGUCAAGUAAUCACCAUUGGAAAUGAAAGAUUCAGAGGACCCGAAGCACUUUUCCAACCAGCAUUCCUCGGAAUGGAAUCGAAUGGCAUCCAUGAGACUGUCUACAGCUCAAUCAUGAAGUGUGAUGUUGACAUUCGUAAGGAUUUAUAUGCAAACACUGUCCUUUCUGGUGGUUCAACGAUGUUCCCAGGUAUUGCUGAUCGUAUGCAGAAGGAAAUUACAACAUUGGCCCCAUCAACGAUUAAAAUCAAGAUUAUCGCUCCACCUGAACGUAAAUACUCUGUAUGGAUUGGUGGUUCGAUUUUGGCCUCGUUGUCAACGUUCCAAACGAUGUGGAUCUCAAAACAAGAGUAUGACGAAAGUGGACCAUCAAUUGUUCACCGAAAGUGCUUCUAAUCAAAUCACAUCUAUUUCUCUCUCUCUCAAUCUUCUCUCUUUGUUUUUCAUUUUUCUUUUCAUUUUGUACUUUUUGCUGAAUAAUAAAUGAAUUUGCAACAUUCGAAA